UGUGUGUGUGUGAGAGAGAGAGAGAGAGAGAGAGAGAGAGCAGCACAGAGCGAGAGAGAGACGAGUGUGUGUAAGCGGAGUGUGUGAGCGUGAAGCACCGGGGAUCCUGAGCUUGGAGGGGAGCCGUGUGAUGAGAGGUGGGCUCUUCUGCCUGUGGAUGGAUGUGCCAGGACAGCUUUUUUUUUUUUUUCUUUUUUCUUUUUUUUUGCAGUACGUGUGCAUGAAUGUGUGUGUGUGUGUGUGUGAGAGACAGUGAGUGUGGGCAUGCCAGCGUGCGUGUGUGUAUGUGUAACAGUGUCGUCGAUCAGCGACAGGCUCUUCGCAUUAUGCAGCCGACGGUGCUCAUCACAAUUUGAAGACUGACUCAUCUAGACCAGGCUGUGGAGACAGAAGAGACAAAAGAGAGCAAAAGACAGAUGGAUGGAAAGACAGGAAAACAGUUUUAGGCUCUUGAUGCUUGGGGUCCCUCUAGACCGUCCAAGGGUCUAGUCCGUUUGUGGGACGCCAGUAGCUUCACACCGGCCCCCCUUGCUCCCCUACAAAUUGGGAUUGCAGACAUACAUCCAGACAGGUAGCCAAAAUUUGCACAAAAAAAAAAAAAAAAACCCUGAAAGGAAAAUAAGUCCCCAGUCGUCGUCUGACUUGAAGGAAGGUUUUCAGUUCCUUUCUGCUCCACGGACUAGGACAAGAGGGUCUCCUGCCUUCCGCGAGGUCUUUUCUCGCUUGAAAUCGUUCUUUUUCGGGGGUUGCAGGAUCCUAACACCGGAGCCGAGGGGGGAGAUAAGAGGCUGGCAGACGAGACGGGACAGACGCAGGCAUGGCUCGCCUCAACUGGUGCCUGGCUGCUGUCAUCAGCUGGGGCAAGUUCCUCUUCGCCUGCUUCUUCCCUCUGCGGGGGGCCAAGCGAGACAAGCCCGACGAGCUGGAGGGCGUCCACACACACACCUUCAAGCUGAAGCCAUUCAAGAAGGCCAAGAGCUGUGAUAUAUGCAAGCAGGCCAUCACCAAGGAGGGCCUCAUCUGCAAGGCGUGCCGGUUGUCCUGUCAUAAAAAAUGUGAAGUAAAGGUCACCACAUCAUGUCAAACAACUACCAACUAUGAGGUGCCUCCCACUCCUCAGCUGCCAUUAAAGCAUGUAGAUACACCGGGAUCUACGAGGUCCUGCAAGAGCGUCGAGAUAAGGCGAAAGCAGUCACGGAGUCAGAGUGUGGUUCAGGCCAUGGAGGAGAGCUAUGAGGUGGACCUGGUCUACAUCACGGAGAGGAUCAUCUCCGUCUCUUUCCCCGCCGCCGCCGAGGAGCACAGCUACACCACCCACCUCAAGGAGGUGGCGACGAUGCUGCGGUCCAAACACGGCGAACAUUAUCUGAUGCUCAACCUGAGCGAGCAGAGGAACGACAUAUCAAAGUUGAACCACAAGGUUCUGGAGUUUGGCUGGCCAGACCACCAUGCACCAGCGCUGGACAAAAUCUGCAGCAUGUGCAAGGCCAUCGACACGUGGCUCAAUGGAGACCCACGUAACGUGGUUGUAUUACACAACAAGGGGAACCGAGGUCGAACGGGGGUGGUGGUGGCUGCGUACAUGCACUACAGCAACAUAUCUGCAAGUGCUGACCAGGCGUUGGACAGGUUUGCCAUGAGGCGCUUCUACGAGGACAAAGCACUUCCUGUGGGGCAGCCAUCGCAGAAAAGGUAUGUGCGAUACUUCAACGGCCUCCUGUCCGGACACAUAAAAAUCAACAACAAGCCCCUGUUCCUGCAUCAUGUUAUCAUGCACGGCAUACCCAACUUUGAGUCCAAAGGAGGCUGCCGUCCUUUCCUGAAGAUCUACCAGGCAAUGCAACCAGUCUAUACGUCAGGAAUAUACAACGUGCAAGGGGACAGCAACACCAGUAUCUGCAUCACUAUCGAACCAGGCCUGCUUCUGAAGGGAGACAUCUUGCUGAAGUGUUACCACAAGAGGUACAGAAGCCCGAUCAGAGAUGUGGUGUUCAGGGUGCAGUUCCACACUUGCGCCAUCCACGACCUGGGGGUUGUUUUCGGGAAGAAUGAGCUGGACGAGACCUUCAAAGGUAACGGCUCUCCGGAUGAGAGGUUUCCAGAGUACGGCAAGGUGGAGUUUGUCUUCUCAUAUGGACCGGAAAAAAUCAGAGGCCUCGGCCACCUGGAGAACGGGCCGAGCGUCUCUGUGGACUACAACACCCAGGACCCACUGAUCCGCUGGGACUCGUAUGAUAACUUCACCCAUCGCUGUGAGGACACUGCAGACGGCGAGCACGAUGUUGUUCAUACCCAAGGUCCACUUGACGGAAGCCUUUAUGCCCGGGUCCGCAAGAAAGACUCCCUGGAGGGAGUUGUCACCAUCAACGGCCUCCCAGUCCAUGAAAACCCCUUGACCAGUGCCAAGAACUCGUUGCAGAACGCCAACCAUCCCCUCCAAACCGCUGACCAGACACUUCCUGUGGCAGGCCACGCCUCCCUCCCUGCUGUCGACCACACCCUCUCCGUGAGCAGCGACUCAGGCAACUCUACCGCAUCCAUCAAGACCGAUCGCACCGAUGAGCACAGCCAGUCCGUGCAGAACGCCGUGAACCACAACAACCCGACCGUGACCAACCCCCCACUCAGCCCACAGGAGAAGAGAGAGCUCGAUCAGCUUCUGAGCGGCCUUGAGGCGCCAACUCAUCAACGGCAAGCCUACCUGUCCACAUCCACCAGUCCAGGAGGAGGAGUUCGACACCUGGUCCCGGCACAGGUGCACGUCAACGGGGGCCACACCAGGCUGGUGGGUGCCCCUUCGACUGAGGAGCGGGAGACAGAUAUUCUCGACGACGAGCUGCCCAAUAGCCAAGAGGGCAACAGUGUGGACAGUUUGGGCACAAUUUCUUCCCUAGACGGCCAGGCGACACCAGCUGACCUCUACUACCCGUCACAGACGCCUGUCAGUGGGCAGAACGACGGGCCGUACCUUGAGAGAGGCGUUCUUGGAGAAAAGUUGACAGAAAUGCCUGUGCAUGGAGUUCGAACUCCCACGGCGAUGCAGGAGAGGUCUGUGGACUCUGCAUCACCACAAGGGGGAUACAACAACUACCAGAACGGAGGGGGGAUGUGGGGGAAUCCGCCACCCAGCAGCCCUGAAACCAAUCCUAAACUGAUGCCCAGGGCCCCGGAGAGGAGCACCAGUAGCCGAGAGGCCGUUCAAAGAGGUCUCAACACUUGGCACCAGUAUAGCCUCCCAGAUGAUCCGUUCGGCCCUCCUCUCCAGUCAACACAUAGCUUGCCCCACUUCCCCACCCCAGCCUCGCAGCGAGACAUUGAGCAGUCCAUCGAGGCACUCAACAUGCUCAUGCUCGACCUGGACCCAAUCAACUCCCACAUGUCCAAGUCCCACAGUGCGCCCCCUGGGGACAACAACCUGAAUUCAUCACAGGCGCCCUUCUCCCAGACCCUUGCCAGACCCUCGUACCAAGCGGACUCUGCCAUCCACGGCUACAACAACUCCGGGUCGGUCAACAAUUCCUUUCACCGAUCGGCUGGGAGAGUGUCAACAUUGCCCAACCAGAGCCCAGUUAUGGAGUCUCCAGUCUAUUCUCCCCAGAGGCCCAACGCCAGCUACCAACACCAAAACACCACCCCAACACACACCCCUGAGCCCUACCUCCACCCACGCCAACCAGCCCACCAUUACCCCACUGAUCCUUCUUCUAAUCUGAACCAGCAGGCACCGCUGAAGCCUGUGAACUCAUACCCAAGCGGCGGGGUUUCCCACUCCUCAGACCUGCAGGGUUCGUCUCCUUACCCAGGCUACAGUGCUUCCUCUUCCCCUCUACCCGCUCUCACCCCCCAGCCCAAGGAUACCUCCUCUUCCUCCUUGGCCCGGGAACAAGAUGCAGAGGAGGAGACACUAAACUUGGAAGGCCUGGUGGCUCACCGCAUCGCUGGAGUUCGCUCCAGAGGGAUGACCCCAGAAGUAACGCAAGAGACGGGCCGGCGUCGGACCACCAGCGAGGGACAGUACCAGAGCGGCCAUGACAAUCCGCCGACAAGUCAUUCACCAGACUUUGCCAACAACCUGGCCCUUAACCCAGGAGGAAGACCCAGAGAGGGUCCCAUGCACAGCUACCGGGAGGCGUUUGAGGACGACAAGGCGGACGGUUUCAACAGUCCAACUUUUGGAGGCGGUGGUGAGAAUUCUCCACAGACCCCCAGCUUCCCCGUGUCGCCACAGACUCCUUACUUCAACAUGUCUCGCUCUCCUCCAGGUCUGGCCAAGACUCCUUUGUCAACGCUGGGACUGAAGCCACAUCAACACGGUGGAUCAGACUCUGAUUCUAAUGAUGGAGAGCAAGAUAAUCGCAGUUUUGGGGACUCCAGAGCACAAGCGUUCAACGCUCCUCUCUCCUCCAGCAGUCCAAUUCACAGCACUGAUGGAAGGAGGAUUGGAUCUUCGGAUGCCCCCCCUCACAGCCCCGCCCUCUCCUACCCCCACAGACCAGCUUCCCCCGAGGGCUCCCAGGUCAACAUCAUGGGCGUCCACACCGUCCCCGGCAGCCCCAACACCCUCCACCGCACAGUGGCCACCAACACGCCACCAAGCCCCGCCCUACAGAGACGCCUGGGUCAGGCCAGCCCCUCGCUGGCCAGACACCCGCCUCCGACCGGCGUCCCCUCCAGCCCUCUGAUCGGCAGAAGCGCUAAAAUAGUAGCCGCUGGUGUGCCUCCCAGCCCCCUGAUGGGGCGCCGCACAGCAGCGAGCGGCCACAGCACACCUGAUGAGCUGGGGGCUGCUUCUCGCCAGGGGAGCGCCCAGCCGCCCUCCACGCCCGCCUUCCCCGUCUCCCCGCAGUUGCCGGAGAAGAGGCACAUGUCGAGCGGAGACGCGGAGAGGAUGGACAACAAUAACCUGACACCGACACCGGCCAGCGGAGGCAGCACGCCAAAUCUGUCUGGCACUCACAUGCUCCCAGACAUCUCCAAGUCCAUAUAUGAUGGUUAUCCAGACAUUAAGAUGAAUGUCAAGUUUGUCCAGGACACCUCCAGGUUCUGGUACAAGCCAGACAUCUCCAGAGAGCAAGCCAUCAACCUGUUGAAGGACAGGGAGCCCGGGGCGUUCAUCAUCAGGGACAGCCAUUCCUUCCGCGGGGCCUACGGUCUGGCCAUGAAGGUGGCCUGCCCCCCGCCGACUGUCCAACAAAACAAAAAAGUUGGCGACUUGACUAACGAGCUGGUGAGGCACUUCCUGAUUGAGACGAGCCCUAAGGGCGUCCGUCUGAAGGGUUGUCCCAACGAACCCUACUUUGGUUGUCUCUCUGCCCUGGUGUACCAGCACUCGAUGACUCCUCUGGCUCUGCCCUGUAAGCUGAUGAUCCCCACCAAAGACCCAAACGAAGAGGCGUUGGAGCUCGCCACGCCCACUGAUCCAGUCGUUGAACUUCUCAAGCAGGGAGCAGUCCAGAAGGUUCCUGAGGAAGCCCAUGCGUGCAAUGUCCUCUACAUCAACUCUGUCGAUAUGGAAUCUCUCACGGGGCCUCAGGCCAUUGCCAAGGCGAUCAGUCAGACGCUGGCGACCAACCCUCUGCCCGCUGCGACCACCGUCCACUUCAAGGCGUCCGCGCAGGGCAUCACGCUCACUGACAGUCAGAGGAAACUUUUCUUCAGGCGACAUUAUCCCAUCAACACGAUAACCUACUGUGACACUGAUCCCCAGGACAGAAAAUGGGGCAAAGAAGGAGGUGGCUCAGUGAAGCUUUUCGGAUUCGUCGCAAGGAAACAAGGAAGCACAACAGACAAUGUCAGCCACCUGUUCGCUGAGCUGGACAUAGACCAGCCCGCCUCCGCCAUCGUCAGCUUUGUCUCCAAGAUGAUGAAACGGUGAAACCCCCCAGCGUGUAAAUGGCGGUGGCCAUUUAGAAAUCUUCGUCUGCGUCUUUUUGGCCAGGACUGGAUGGCGUCCCUUUUUUUUUUCUGUUUCCUGUUGGUUUGUUUCUGUUUCCUUCCUCUCUUUUUUUCUCUCUGCCUUGCUGGUUUGUCUUGACUUUGGUCUUUUUUGGAAGAGUCUAUUUGAAGGAUUUGGUGUGGAUCCAAAGUGGCGCUAGAGGAUGUGUGGUGUGGAGCUGUGAACGUGACAAACAUGGAGGCCAUUGAAGGGAGAGAAUUUAUUCACAGGGUAACCUGUACUAAAAGAAAAUGCUAGCUAAAGACUAAAGGAACAAUGCUAUGUUUAGUCAGGGAACAUGUAAGGACUUGUAUGUUUCAGGGUUUUCUGUUGUCGUUUUGAUUGAUUUGAUUUACCAAAGGUAGUUGCAAUACAAGUGCAAGAAUGAUGUAGCUAUUAAGCCAUUAUUAUUUCCUCUUUUCAAAAGAUGAAGUGUUGAACAAAACAAAAAAAAAAAAAAAGAAAAGAAAUACGGUUUCUUCUUGAACUUGUCUUCAGGAAAAAAGUUGGCCUUGAUGGCUUUUAGCAAAACAGUGUCUGAAGACCUUAUGCAUGUUAGCUUGAUCUUUAAGCUUGGUUCUUCUACCUUCCACAAAAGUCAUUGUGAAAUCCUUAGAGUGGUCUUUUCCAGGUCUGUUGUGUGUUGGAAAGGGCUCUGCAGUGAAACAAUGACUGAUCUAAACUGCGCAUAGCAGACCAGACUCAAACCCCCCCCCACCCCCCGCCCCCGCCACGCUAAGGUCACCGCACUUUGUGUCAGUGCAGCCACACUUGCAUCACCUCGGCCUCCGGUCCAAGCCCGAUCGCUCUCUCUCUCCCUUUCUCUCUCAAAACCCGCUUAUUGGAUUACUCUCGCCUGAAAUCAGCAAGCUCCUGAUAGCAUGGCAGACGGAGAGAGGAAGACUGUUUUGUCCACAAGAUGGCGCCACUUAUUCAGGCUUGGACCCUACCCUCCCCCUCUCCCCUCUCUCCCCCCUCCCUCCCCCAGCGUCACAUAAACCUGCCCAUCACCAACUGCUUGCAUUAGUGGAUCUGUUGAUAGACGCUGCCACUGAAACACACUGGAAAUCACCAGGGACUGGCCCAAUGACCUGGACCUAUGCACUGUUCUUUAUGCAUGUUGUUGUCCCAAAAUGUACCCUCCCUCAUAGCUACAUUCAACAUCACUGAAAACAUUCUAUGCUGUGUGCUAAAAACGACUUAAAAACCUUUAGACAAGUACACUGAGGUUGUAUGACUUGUCAAAGACUGCAUGAAAUAGACAACAUUUUUGUACUCUCCUCAGAGUCCUGAAAAGAAGUAGACAACCCAUUGUUGAAGUAGUCACAUGAUGGUGAGAUGUUCUAUUUUUACUUUUUUUUUUUUUUUUUUUUUCUUUAAUUUUGGUCCAUUUGAGCCAGGGUUACCUUUCACUGUCCGGACAGUCCGGUCUUUGUUUUUUCCACAGUGUCGUCAAAAUUUACAUUUAGAUACGAUUUAGGGCAAAGGAAAAGAAAAGAAAAAAACAAACAAAAGAACACAUGGAGUUUCCACACUGUGUGCAAAUGCCUGCUUGUUGAACACACGCUCAACCAUUCACAAUAAGCUAAGGAAAAUUGAUAUUGAUAUAAAUGUACAUAGAUAUAAUACUUUGAAAGGUGACAUAGCGAAAAAGUAUUUAUUUUUGUUGCUUUGGUCCCUCAUGAUUACUCAUAUAUACAUAUGUUGUACAGUCUAGAUAAAGAAGAUUACCUAAUGGGUUGAGAAAAAAAUAUAUACUUAUUUUGGCUAAUGAUUUCAAAGUCUGACGAUUUUGAAAUGUGUUUGAAUAUAUGGUGUACAUUACUUUGUACAUGUAUAUGUUUGUUUUCGGCUCGUCAUGUUUUUCAUUUUCGCGUUCUCUCAGAACGAGGUAGGGCAUGAAUGAGGUAGAAGCCAAGAUUCUGAAUUGCAUGGACAGAAGCAUCUGAGUGUGUUUCCACGGCUGAGGCACACUCAUAGGAGUCAAUGCGUUGUAGCUGGUAGAUACUAAGGUAAAGACAUGCCCGUCUUAGAAAAAGGGAAGCACGAAAAAAAAAAAAAGUUGAGAAGCCAACCUCAAAUGCAAUAUGAAAACAGCUGUAUGCACCCAUGACAGUUAGGAUUAUGAUUUUGCCAAAGACACUUUACAUCUAUUCUGACUGGAUGCAUGUUGCUUUUUUAUGUUCAGCUGCUACUCAGUUCCCAUUCUUGUGUUUCACACUCUUAACACUGCAACACCUUGCUCAGCUUUAGCAGCAAAUGUAAGAAAGCUGAACCAGCCAGGACACGCAGGAAUGGGUGUUUUAAGCUCAUGUAUGUAACACAGGGGCCCUUGCAUUUAUACAGCGAGACAUUCAGCUGCACAUGACUAAAGCGUUUUUUUGAUUUGUUUUUACUGGCGUCUCAAUGCUAGAAAAAUGUGUCCACCUCCGACGCCCGUUCAAGAGAGAACAGGCCUGCUGUGCCCCAAUUGGAAGUGUGUAAACAAAGCACUUAUAUUCACUAUACCAAAAGAGGAGUGACAUAAAUUCCAUAUGGGUGCCAGUGCUGGAGGUAAAUAAAGUUAGACGUGUCUCACACCGUGAUGCUAAAGCUCGACAGCUGCAGCUUUGUCAGACUGCCAAAGGUGUCUUCUCCAGCCCUCUCGAAAGUCAACGAUUUAUUUAUUCUUAUUUAUUCUUUUUUUUUUUUUUUUUUCCUGACAUGUUUUUAAAAAUCUUGUUUCAUCGUCGCAUUAUCACCACAUUAUCGCAGUUAAUGUACGAACGGGGGAAUGUAUGGUGGCGCUUUAUUGAAAGCAAAGAGGUACAGUGCACUUGAUUGACUACUAACAAGCUUAAUUUCAUUUUUAGUCAUUUGGAGAGAAAAAAAAAAAACACAAAAAAUAAAUGUUGUCUAAAUAAAAAAAAUCUAAACCUGCAUUGUACCUGUUGGCUUUGAGUCAAGAGUUACCUUGUUUCAGUGAAAAAGAAGAGGUUUCUGUGACCCCUAUGUACAGAUGGGCUUAUAUGAAUGUGCUACUAUGGAUGUACACAAGGGUCUCAGAUUUUGUUUGCGCUUAUCAUUUACAUUAUAUUGUCAUGGCUUACCUGUUCCUAAGGAGAAAAAAAAAACAUUAAAGCAAUACAAAUCAGUUA